CUAGGAAGCAGCAUCUAUUCUCCCCUAGUGGAGCGGUGUGCCCGGUGGGUAAGGUCCCCGCUGUCGCCGAGCGCUGCGGUCCAUUUGAGCAGCCAUGUAUGUGCUUGUCACCGUGCUGGCCGCGUUGUUCUUCACCUUGCUUCAGAGGCGCUUCAAGAGCAGACGGCCGUGUCUUGAUCCAAAAAGACUGGAUGGCAAAACCGUCCUCAUAACAGGUGGGGCAUCAGGAAUUGGGAAAGAGACAGCCAUUGCUCUGGCAAGACGUGGUGCACGUGUCCACAUCACAAGUCAUGAUGACCAGAAAGGGGGCGCAGCUCUUCGAGACAUCAAAAAAGAAAGUGCAAGUAUGAAUGUCCGCUUCUGGAGCCUAAACUUAGCAAAUCUGCAGAGCAUCCGCAACUUCUGUAAGGAUUUUCUGAAGAAUGAGAGCCGUCUUGAUAUUCUUAUCAACAAUGAUGGUGUGCCCGCGGUGCUAGACUGGACAGAUAAUGGGUUCAGCAAGUGCUUUGGAGUCAACCACCUUGGACCUUUCCUUCUCACCAAUCUUCUACUAGAACGGCUGAAAAGUUGUUCUCCAAGCCGCAUCGUGAACAUCACGUCUAACGUUCAUAAGUAUCAAAAGCUGGACUUCUCUGACCUAAACUACAACAUAGUGCCGCUGUUCGCCUACUGCCGAAGCAAACUGGCAAAUGUCUACUUUACCCAGGAGAUAGCUCAACAGACGGAGGGGCAUGGAGUGACUGCAUGUGCCGUUCAUCCAGGCUUUGUGGUCGGUGAUUGGACCUCCCAAUUUUCAAUUCUCUUCCGUAUAGUGAUGUAUGUCAUCACAUCCUUGUUCUUCAUUUCAUGUGAGGCGGCGGCUCAGACUGUCAUAUACUGUGCUAUAUCCGAUGACAUUCUCCAGCAUAAUGGCGGCUACUUCUCAGACUGUAAACCGUGCAAGCUGCGCCCCUAUGUGCAGGACGCUGGCAUUGCCAAAAAGCUUUGGGAGGCCAGUGAAGCUAUGGUUGGACUCACUUCUUCUGCAAGAGAACAUCUAGCUACAAGAACAAGAUAGUUGUUGUUUUUUUAAUAAUAUUGCCUGCUUUGUAUAUAAAGUUGCAUGAAAGUCUACUUUUCCUAUCAAGGCCUUCUGACUUUCAAAGUACCAUUGGAAAACUGUAGAUGAACAACCAUCUUGUCUACAGAAUUAUCAGAAGAAUUCCGCAGUUUUCUUGCUAGUAGGUCUUGCCAAGAACACCCGUUAUAUGGUUAUUCACAGUGGGAAUGAGAGACCCAGUGGUAUCCGGUACGUGGGUUAAAGUUUUACAUCUUAAACAUGAUUAGUAUUUAUUGUAUUUCAGGCACAGUUUCUUUUCCACAUUGAUUUACCGUAUAUGUGAGUCUUGACUGAAUUGAUGUUAAUAUAGCAUGUCUGACAUUCCCAGAGACAUUACAGCAGUAUUGUACUUUUUAAACAUGUAGCUCAGUUGCAGCCAUAUAAAUACAGACACACACUUUUAACUGGGGUACUUUGUAGAAAAUUGACUUCCAAUUUGUGAUAGUAUUAAUUGGGAAGGAGGCUGCAAUAUUUGGUGGAGGAAAUGUUUUCGGCCACAAUUUUGAAAUCCCCAUAUCCCCAGCUCAGGUUUUUCCAAUGGGAAGGGGUUCAUGUGAUAUAUCAUCAGUCUUGGCUAAAAUUUACUCAGAAACAAGUGUCUGUUGUGAGCUAUCUUUACAUAUUCAGGAGUUAAGCAAGGCCAAAGUUUCCUGAAGUGUUUUACAUGACUUGUUCAUGUACGGAAGACAGCUGGAGUACAGUCUGCAACAUUGCCAUUGACAGUCUGUACUUCAUGUCUCCUCAUGGACUCCAUUCCUACAGAGAUUCAGCUGAAGAUCUUAUCAGCUGUAUUCAGGAUCAUAAUCCCUGACAAGUAGGAGAGGAGGAUGAGGCAGCUUUUUACCUCAUUGUUGUGAAGUAACUCCUCCUGUGUGAUUAGGACAGGUUUUGUGUGUACUAAUAGGAUGGUGGCCAUCUUAUUUCUUCUUAUGAUUUCUCCCCAGACAAAAUGAGCCAUUAUAACUAAUGAAAGGCAUUUGGGAAUUUAUUUAUAAUAAAGCAGUAUUUAAAGAGUAACUAAACGUUUCUAAAACCUUCUUGUAAAAUGUUCUAAGUAGGCUAAAAAUUAUUUUUGUAAUAUGCUUUAUUAAUCAAUAAUACAGUUCUACCCUGGGUGCUAUCACGGCUUAAAAUGAUUAUUCUAGUACAUCACUGACAUGCCAGCGCUGUACUGGUGUACAGAUUUUACUGGGGGCCGCACAAGUUGGAGCACAGAUCAUCGCUGCUCCUGCCUGUGCGCCCCUCAAGGUUAGAAAAAUUUGGUUCCCUGUACAGAUGUGUUAUGCCAGGAUUUAGCUGAGCAGAGCUGGCUCCUGCCUGAGCCUGCUCCACUCAGCUCAAGGCUCUUUAAAGCACAGCGGUGAUGUCACAUUGACAAUAUGUAACCACCCCUGCAAUGCCUCCUUGUGGCCCCCCAUACAGUGCAACGCCUCC